UGGUACAGAAUGUUCAAUGUUCAUUUUUGUUAUUCACAACAUUUUCUAUUACAAAACGCUGUCUGGGCCUGGAGCCUUUCUUCUCUUGAUCUUCCUGAAGACCUGACACACAUCAUCUUCACUGAAUUGAUUUGAAAGUGUGGCUGAUCCGGGGUUACAGAAGUGAAGUUUCCAGCAACAUACAGUAUCAGUAAUGAAGCAUCAUCUGUUUGUAUACCUGCUUUUCACAGGAGUUCUCCCCCUUGUCCUGCCUCUAUCUCGUAAGUACUAUCUGAUCAAGGAGGGAAGAACAUGGAGUGAAGCUCAGGCUUACUGUCAAGCCAACUACACUGACUUGGCGGUCAUCAAAAGUAACACUGAGAUGGUCAAUCUUCAGAGUGUAGCACAGGCACAAUACUUUUCAUCCAGUGCUUGGAUUGGAAUGUACACUAACAUCAACAAAUGGUACUGGACCUUUGGAAAUGAGUCAGUGGGAGGUUUUACUCCCUGGACCCCUGGGGAACCUAACAACUUGUAUGGAAACGAAGUGUGUGGCUUCAUAGGUGCAGCGAAAUGGUUUGAUGCCCCGUGCAGCUGGUUGUUAUACUUUAUGUGUUUUGAUGACAGGGAGAAUGCUACAGAAAGGUACAUUGUAAUUACUCAGCUUAAAACGUGGUAUGAUGCUCAGAGCUACUGUAGGCAGCAUUAUACAGACCUGGCCAGUGCAAGAAAUGCAACAGAAAACUCUAUUGUUGGGGCAAAGAACUAUGGGGCCUGGAUUUGGAUUGGCCUUGUGAGAGACCCCUGGUAUUGGACAGACCAGACCACCGAUGUGUCCGUAAUGAAGUGGUGGGCUGGAAACACUGAUGAUUAUCUGAAGAAUAAAAGUUGUGUCUAUUUAAAUGGUGGUCUGGCUGAUGUAGAACAGUGCUCAAACAUACUGCCUUUCUUCUGUUACUUAUUCCCAACACAGCAGAGGAUCAUAAGAAUGAAGGUGAAGUCCAGUCAGGAUGUGAAUGAUCCUACAAUAAUGACAGCUAUUGAGGAGAAGCUCAAGCAGAAACUGAAGGAUAAUGGAAUGGCUGAGAACAUCACUGUGACAUGGAGAAAGCAAUCAGAUGGAGUGGUGUUUCACAAGGAGGAGGAAAACAUUGCUGCAGUGACUAAUUAGGGAGACUUGUGAUCUCUAAAUCUCAUAUAGUGUAAAUUCUGUAGUGCACCGAUAACUUUUAGUUUGAGGACACAGAGUGUGUGUAAUAUUUUAGAGUUCUUAAAUAGAACUUUUACUAGUAAAAGGUCCCUGAGUUACUCAUUUCUGUGUGAAUUCUGUCACAAAUACAUUGAGUAAGCGUACAUUACAACAUUGCAUUAGCCAGUAAGAUAGAUAGUCGGUUUAGUUUUGGUUUCCUUCUCUAGUUUUAAAUGUUUUUAAAGGUGCUGUUCAAAUGAAAUUUUUAAGUUAUGCGUAAUAAAAUUGAAUGACAACAGAAAAGGCAUUGAAAAAUGAAGAAAGUGAGGGGCAAAAGGGUAUGGAAAGCCAAGACACCAGCUGAAAUCUAUCAGUAAUUAGAAAGCAAUCCUGCCACUUAUCAGUGUAAAUUAAUAUUAACUGGUUCAGUCCCAACUGAUGGCCUAUAAAAAGGUGUAUUAUUACCAAAAAGUCACACAAGAAACAUCUCAUGAUCAGUAAAAGCAAAUAGCUCUCUCAGGACCUUUACAACCUUGUUGUUGCAAAACAUACUGACCGCAUUGUUUACAGAAUGAUUUGUAAAUAUCUGAAUGUUCCAGUGAGUACUUUUGGGGAAAUAAUCUAGAAGUAGAAAGAACAUAAUUUUACCAUAAACAGGCCACAACCAGGUGAUUUCUGACAGAAAAAGCAUGUUGAAACUUGCUGCACAACAUUUAGACAAGUCUGUGAAAUUCUGGAGAAUAUAGCCUGGUCAAGUGAGAGCAAAUAUGAACUGUACCAUAAUACACCUCAUGUUUGGAGUUCACAUGGCACUGCACAUCAACCCGAAAUCACCAGACCAACAGUGAAGUUUGGAAGUGAGACCAUUAUAACAUUAGUGUACAUUACAACUUUGCAUUAGCCUGUAAGAUAGAUGGUCGGUUUAGUUUUGGUUUCUUUCUGUUGUUUUAAAUGUUUUUAAAGGUGCUGUUGAAAUGAAAUUUUUAAAGACCAUCAUGAUGUGGAACUGUUUUUAUGCAUCGAAUAUUGCACACUUCAUAUAAUUGAAGGAAGGACGAAUAGAAAAUUGUAUCACUUAAAAAAAUCUGCUACAAUCUACCAUGAUGAUGAAUAUGAAACAAGGAUGGACAUUUCAGCAUGACAAUGAUCCGAUUCACACAGCCAAGGAAACACUCAGAGAAAGUAAAUGACGCUGCCUGACUUAAACAGGACAAAAAAAUAGAAAAUAUAUGGAAAGAACUAAACAACUGAGUUCAUAGUAGAGGCCUGCAGAACCUUCAAGAUGAGCAGUACAUGUGACUAGUUUAUCGAUACAGUUUCUUCAGUGUAUUGAAGCUGUCAUUACCAACAAAGGCUUUUGUACCUUGGGUUGUUACAGACAUCUGGUGAAAAUCUCAUGUCAACAGCACUUGAAAUUUAUUUACUGAGAAAAAUAGUGACGUGUUCAAUACGUAUUUUACCCACAUUACCUGUAAUUCUCUGUACCAACAGCCCUCUAUAUGAUCUAGAAUAUAUAUUUAGGUCUAGUGUUUCUGAGUGUCCUGAGAACAUCAGACAGAUACAAAAACUCUGACAGACUUUAAUACUUGUGUGCAUUUUGAUUUCUUUGUUACUGAAAAUAUGAAUGUAUGAAAAACUGAUCAUCAGAACUUUACU